AUGUACAGCACUGGAAAAACAGCUCAAGUCGAUCAAGAGAUGAGCAGAUACAACAUAGAUAUACUUGGACUAAGUGAAGUUAGAUGGCCCCAUAGCGGUAAAACAGCACUGCAAAAUGGGAAAUUAAUUCUGUACUCGGACAGAGACGAUGGGUCACAUCAAGAGGGAGUAGGAGUGAUGUUAUCGGCGAAAGCAAAGAAGUCCCUAAUGGAGUGGAAACCAAUCAGCGAGAGAUGUAUGUAUGCUAGACUAUACACCACCACCCUAAAAAUCAGUUUGAUUGUAGUAUAUGGACCAACGAACGAUAACACCGAAGAAGUAAAAGAACGAUUCUUAGAACAACUACAAGAUGUUCUUUCAACUGCUCCAAAACAUUACAUCAAAAUAAUUAUGGGUGACUUUAAUGCAAAGGUCGGAAGUAACAACAAGACACAUGAAAAUGUAAUGGGAAAACAUGGCGUGGGCAAUAGAAAUGACAAUGGUGAAAGGUUACUUGAAUUCUGCGGAAUAAACAACUUAGUGAUCACAGGAACCAUAUUUCCUCACAAAUUACGACACAAGAUAUCUUGGAUUUCACCAGAUGGUAGAACUGAAAACCAGAUAGACCAUCUAUUGAUUUCGAAACAACACAGAACAUCAAUUAUGGAUACAAGAGCAAUGAGAGGGGCUGAUGUCAGCAGUGAUCAUGAACUUAUCCGAAGUAAAAUUAGAUUCAAGCUGAGGAAACCAAAACAAAAUGCAAGCACAUGCAGAAAGAAAUAUGAUACCACCAAAUUACAGCAGCCAGAGAAAAGAAGAGCUUUCUCAUUAGAACUCAAAAACAGAUUUCAAGUUUUAGAGGAAUUAGACAGCAUUGAAAUCAUAUGGGAAUCCAUGGAAAAAGGAUAUAUUGAAACAGCAAACAACAUCCUAGGAAUAAAGGAAAAAGGUCAAAAACCUUGGAUUAGCAAAGACUCAUGGAAACAAGUUAAUGAAAGAAAGCAUUUAAAGCAGCAAAUUACAAACUGCAAAUCUGAAAGGCUGAAGAACAACUUAAGAUCUCAAUAUGCAGAAAAAGACAAAGAAGUCAAGAAUAGCAUGAGAAAUGACAAAAGGAAGUGGACUGAAGACCUUAUAUCUGAAGCAGAAAGAGCAGCCAACUACGGACACAUGAAAACAGUCUACGAAAUUACAAGGGUCAUAAGCAAUGAGAGAAAGAACACAACACCCAUAAUAAAGGAUAAGACAGGCAAAGUAUUAAGUAACCAGAAUGAUCGUUUGACGAGAUGGAAAGAACACUUCGAAGAAGUCCUUAACCGCCCACAGCCUGAAAAUCCACUUGAUAUCAGAAAUGAAAACGAGACACUUGAAAAUAUAGACACUGAUCCCAUACGGAAAGAUGAGAUAACCAAAGCCUUAAUGAAAUUAAAGAAUGGUAAAUCUGGAGGAAUGGAUGACAUAACAGCGAGAUUCUAA